AUCCUCCAACGUCGAACAACAUGGCGGCCCCCGUUCUCUCUCUUCCGCAGGUCAGGCUGCCUGCGCUGCCGUCAACACGCUUGACGCCGGAGCAGCAGUACUGGAAGACCUUUAAGAACCCCCUGCUGAUCCCCUCGCCCGCCAACAGCCCCAUUAGCCUCAUCACCCAGCCCGCCGCGCCGACGACUGCGUCCGCCUUCCCCUCGCUCACGCAGCCCCCGGAUGUGUUCACAAUCACGACGGGCGCCCGGGUCCAGAUUUACUCUAUUCGCACACGGAAACUCCUGCGGACAAUCACCCGCUUCGACGACACAGUACGCGGCACCGAUGUGCGCCCGGACGGCCGUGUGCUCGUCACCGGCGACGACAGCGGCACGCUCCAGGUAUUCGACGUGGGCUCGCGGGCGAUUCUGAAGACGUGGAAGGAACACAAGCAGCCGGUCUGGGUGGCGAAAUUCUCGCCCAGCGACCCGACCACGAUCCUCACGGCCAGCGACGACCGGACCGUGCGACUGUGGGAUCUCCCCGGUGACUCGAGUGCACGGACGUUCGUGGGACACACAGACUAUGUACGCAGUGGAAGUUUCAUGCCGGGCUCGCUGGCGUCGUCCAGUGUCGUGGUCUCGGGCAGUUACGACCGGACGGUCCGGCUGUGGGAUCCGAGAGUGGAAAACCGGGCCGCGAUGGUGUUCAAGAUGGGGGCGCCGAUCGAGAACGUGCUCCCCAUGCUGUCGGGUACGACGGUGCUGGCCUCGGCGGACAACAAGAUUGCCGUGCUGGACAUUGUGGCCGGGCGGCCGAUGCACAUGAUCCAGAGCCACCAGAAGACGGUGACGACGAUGUGUCUGGCGUCGAACGGCGAGCGGCUGCUCAGCGGUGGGCUCGACGGCCACAUGAAGGUGUUUGAGACGACCGGGUGGAACGUGGUGGCCGGGUCCAAGUACCCGUCACCGAUCCUGUCGCUGCAGGCCAUCACCAGCGGCCCGACGCAGGAAGACAAGCACAUCGCCGUGGGGAUGCAGUCCGGUCUGCUGUCGAUCAAGACGCGGCUGUCUGGCCAACAGAAAGUGCGCGAACGGGAACGGAAGAAGGAGAUGCAGGCCCUACUAGAUGGCAAGCUGGAGGAGCACGACCGGAAGAUGGCGAAGAAGAAGCGCGGCAGCGGGUGGGAGAAGCGGCUGCGCGGGCGCGAUUUCAUCGGCGAGGGCGCCGAGAUCGUCAUCGAGGGCCAGGAUGCCCGGAAACGCAAGAAGGAGCAGGCGUGGGAGCACGACCUGCGCAAGGGUCGGUACGGCCAAGCUCUAGACCAAGUGCUGGCCUCGGCGGACAAGACCGCCCAGCUGACACUCCUGACAGCCCUGCGGCACCGGUCUGCUUUGGCGGCCUCGCUGCGGGAUCGCGACGAGGAGACGCUGCAGCCCGUGCUGCGCUGGGUGUACAAGCACAUUGCGGAGCCGCGGCUGGUGGACCUCAGCGUCGAGGUCGCCAUGGCGGUGCUGGACAUCUACUCCAAGGAUUUGGGCCAGUCGGCCCAGAUCGACAAGCUGGUCGAAAAACUGCACCAGCGCGUGCGCGCCGAGGUCGAAAUGGCCCAGCAGGCUUUCCAGACCCGGGGGAUGCUCGACAUGCUGUAAUAGGGGAACUCAUAAAUCAUGAGUAUCAACCAAAAAAAAAAAAAAAAAAAA